GUCAAUCAUUCCCACCGUCUCCAUCAACUUUCGUGUCUCCCCCACAAAUCCUCAUCUCCACAUUUAACCUCCGUGCCCCUUCGGAGCUAAGAAGCCGGGUUCUCCUUGUCUCCUCCUUUUUCACCUCCUCCACAAUCCUCCACAUCCACCGGACCCGCCCCCGUGUUCCUCGGACUCGGCACAUUGCGACAUAACACGGAGCACACGAACUGAAAGAGUACCUGCCAGGAGGAUUCAUUGGGCCCCGCCAUGUCAACGAUACCACAAAACCAUUGUUACCACACCAAGAGCUCACUUUAACGCCGAGAGACUCCGGAAGUUAGGACGUCUCUCCACCAACAAUAAUAUCUCUGCGCCACUUCAGUUGGCUCACCCGACCCGACCACCAACAAACUAGACCCGAACCAUCGAGGAACUUACCUCUCUCUACCUUACUUGCUUGUUUCAAACAGGAACUACACUAUCUAUCAGUUUUCGACACCCACCGGAAUUGAAAGCAUGGAACAACAGCAACAAAAAGAAAAGGCUCCGCUUCGGUCCCGUGUCGCCAACGCUUGUGAGGCUUGCAGGUUUGCUAAGGUCAAGUGUCAGGGGAGCAGUCAAGUUGGGAUAUGUAAAAGAUGCUUAGCUUCUAAACGAGAGUGUAUCUUCAAGACUGGUCCCAGAAAAAGACGGCCUAGAGGGUUGAGGGUAACCGCCGACCAAAACUCCACAACAACCACCACCAAUACCAACCCCAAAACAUCAACAUCAACAACAGCCACAACCACCACAACCACCACAAACCCCUACUCCGUCCAAUCUCCCCUCCCCGGCCCACCCCCCGGCCCUUCCCGCACCUUCACCAUCGACGUCCCCAUCCCCACCGCCUCCGUCGACGUAGCCAUCAGCUUGGAGUCUCUCCGUCUCGAUCACGAAGGCUACGUGGAUCGCAUUUGUCCCAGUCUCGGCGGCGACGGGAUGGAUUCCGAGGACGACGGUACCUAUGGCUACGAGUACGAUUAUGGAUCCGACGGUGAGCCAGGAGGGUCGGUAAUCUCUAGUCAUGCAAGCCAUGCGAGCCAUGCUAGUUCGUUACCGGUUGGAGCGUCGGCUGCUACGCCGGGGAGUAGUUCUGCGUCUGCGUCUGCGUCUGCGUCUGCGUCUGCGUCUGCGUCUGCGUCUGCGUCUGGAGUUGGCGUUGGCGUUGGCGUUGGGUCGAGGACUGGAAACGGGAACGGAAACACCAGAGCCCCGGGACCAGGACCAGGACCAGGAGGAAGCAGCCGAUCCCUCGCCUCCCUCUCAGUACAACCACAAUUCAACGUCGACUCCGCCUCGCGGCUCUUGGAUAUCUUUAGGAAAGUCAUGGUUUGGCAUUUUCCUUGUGUGUUGGUUGAUCAUGUUGUCUGCAAUGACGAGACUGAGGUGGAGGGGAAAGUAGAACUAGAAGAAGCGACGGUGGCGUCCCUUGCAAGGGAGAGGCCGUUUGUGCUGCUGGCUGUGUUGGCGGUGGCGAGCAGCACAAGGACGUUGCAGGGUCAUAGUCUGUAUGAUGAGGAGUUUAGGAAGAUUUUGGGGCUGAAGUUUGUGGCGGGUGGUGAGAGGAGUCUGGAGCUGUUGCAGGGGCUGGCGGUUUAUGUUGCUUGGUAUCCCUUCCAUCUCCGACCGAAGAACAGACAGGCGUUUCAGUAUGUGCGGAUGGCGGUCGAUAUAGCUAAUGAUCUUGAGCUGGAUGUGGAUCCCGGUGUUGAUGAGCUCUGUGGUCCGAGACGUCCUAGUCCGCAGAGACUGGAGGAGAUCAGGACUUAUCUGGCUACGUAUUAUGUUGCGUCAAACUUCGCAACAACAUGGAACCGCACACCCUCCAUGUCCUUCACCAGCUAUACCGCCAAAUGCUGCGACAUCCUCGAGAAGUACAGCAUAACCAAGGGCGACCGCAUUCUCCCCUGGCUAGUCCGCCUCCAACGGCUCUGCGAAGAGACGAACGAUCUGCGUAAAUCCCAAAGAGGUGGUCUACCACAACAAACCGAGAGCCAGAUCGAGAUGAUCAUCAAAGGCAUGGAAGCCCAACUAAACGAAUGGGAAGCCAAGAUGCCUCCCGAUCUUCAAUCAAUACCCUCAAUCCGCAUAACAACCCUCUUCACCCGCCUCUUCCUCACCGGCGCGCCCCUCCUCAAACUCCCCUUCGUCAAGCUCCCCGGCCUGGAGAAAGGAAACCCACCUUCCUUCCGCGUAGACCCCAACCGUCUUCUGGGUCUGAUCCCCACCUUACACCAAAACUACGAGUACUUUCUGUCGCUGUCAGCACACGAGAUCAACGCCUUCUCCAUGAUCGGCUGGGGCUGUCUGAUUUUGAGUACCAUUUUGGGGUUUCGCAUGAGUUUUCCGAUCAUGUUUUGUCCGGAGUGGGAUGACUAUGCGGCGAGGAGGGUGGUCAGGUUUGAGGGGUUUUUGGAGAGGUUGUGUCGGUUGGGUACUACUUCUACCUCGUCUACCUCUGAAGAGACGGACAAAGAUAGGAGUAACCUGACGCCGGCGACGAUGCCGACGACUAAGGGGAUGGAUGUGUUGAGUGCUAGUAAGGUUGUGUUUGCGGUGGUGAGGAGGAAGUUUAGGAAUCGAGUUGCGAAGUUGGAGGGGGCGGGUUUGGGUAGAGGGAAGAAGGAUAAGGAUACGAGGAUGGGUGGUGUUGGUGUUGGUGUGGGUGUGGGUGUUUGUCCUGUUACUGGGAAGGCGGUUGGUGAGGGGGGGGAUAAUCCUCAUGAUCAUCUGGGGGAGCAACAUCACUUACAACCUCAACAACCACCACCACCCCAUCAUCAUCAUCACCAGCACCAAACCCAACACCUCCAAACCCCAACAUCACCAACAGACUUCACCACCACCAAGAACCACCACCAGCACCACCAGCAUCCCCAAAGUCAACAAGAAGUCCUAGACAUCCACAUGGACCUCUCCAUGCUCCCUCUCGAGGUAGACAUCUCGCAAGCAGCACCCAUACCCACCCUGCACAUCCCCUCAACAAACAUAUCGGGGUGUCCAAUGAUGGACGGCAGUUUGGAACCUUAUUAUCCCUAUUGGGAUGAGACGUUUGCUUUCAACUCUACAUCAUUAACUGGGUCUGGGGGUAGUCCGAGUGCGAAUAGUCUUGGCAGUGUUGGCAGUGGGAGCGCUGACACGACAAGGAAUGGUGUUGCAAGUGGAGAACAUAUGUCAGGGGAGGGGAGUGGUGGUGGUGCUGGUGUGCCGGUGGGAAUGCCAACGAUGGGGUCGGGGAUAGGUGGUAUGAACAUGGGAAUGGAUAUGGGAAUGGGGUAUAAUGAUCUCUGGGCUGCGAUGACGAUGGAUUGGGCUGGUGGUGGGGAUGUUGAGAAUUGGGCUUGAGCGUAGGUAAGUUUUUCGCUUGGAUACAUCUAACGACUAAUGAACUGCUGAAUCUAUUCUUUGCAUUCCUCAUAAUCGGCCAUGAUAGAUAGACAUUGAUGAUGAAGAGAAGAGACUGUGAAACACUGGUCCUGUGACAGGAAUCUCGAGCCAUUUAAGUCUCAGA